AUAUAAUAGGUAUGAACAUAUUGAUUCUCCAUACACGCGUCACCUACUCGUCUUGCUUUUAGUGUACCGUACGGGUAGUGUACCCUACUGUAUCUUCUUCAACAACUGAUCGAGAGCAGACAGCUAACACAUCACAAUCGAGGCAUCAUCAAAAGACCAACAUGAAUACCGCAUGUAGAACCCGCUGUAACGUUAACCAACUCAAUUAGUCAGCUACAAUCAGUAUUAUUUGAAAAACAGCUUAUACUUCCGAGAUUGAUGCUUGAGUAUAAGUUAAUAAAGUAUCAAGUAGAGAUUGAAAAACAGCAACAAUAGCAAUGAUUCGAGCCGUAGUAUUUCUUGCCAUCUUGGGCCUACUGCAGAUCGACGAAUCGACAUCAUUCGUGACAAAUAGCAACAGAGCAACAUUGCCAGCGUCUGCGCUUUCGGCAAAGAAGAAAAAGCGGAGCCAAGCUGGAAAGGGCUUUGGAAAGGAAGAAAAGGUGGAGAAACCUGUAGCCAGCAAAAGCAACAAUGCAGACUUAUUCAACAUAGAAGCAAGGGCAGCGGCCCAGCAGCAACAGCAGUCGUCGGCGUUUACCAGCAUCGAUGGAGGUUCGGACGCCAUUCCUACACUUUCGACGCCAGCUACAACAGUAGGUUCUUCUGACGAAAGUGUAGAAGAGCGCAACAAAAGGAUUCUAAGAGAAAAGUACGGCCUUCGUACGAAAGAGGAACAAGAAGCCGCGGAAGCCAAACAAAAGCAGAUCAAUGAUCAACGAAAGAAAAUUAACGAAUGGAAAAAACUAGCAGACGAGGGCGAUGAUUUCGAUUUGCUACAGGUUAUUCCAGACCCUGUUCUGAUUUUUAUCGAUAGAUUUUUGAAGGCGGGCGUUACAGUGUGCACCACGCUCUUCGUGUUGGCGGGAUUUGCUAUUACAGUCGAAGCUGGAAGCAAGGCCACCGACAAUCCUUUGCCUCAGGAGAUCGACGACUUCAUCACCAACGUCGUAGAACCCAAUUUUACGCCUGGUCUAGGCGUUUUGUUGUCCUUCUCUGUAAUGUUGGGAUUGUUUGCCUCUCUUCAACUGAAUUCGGCAGCAUCGACGUACCGGGAAGACAAUUAAGUUGGGAAACGGAUGGAAGAACAUACGAUAAAWACUCUGAAAAGCCGCGUUGCGUUUGACCUCAACCACCUCAAAUUAUCGAAUCUGUAAGCCAGCGAACUUUGGGCGCAACAGCAACAUAAGACGUAUUGAAUCACGAAAAUAAGCAAAUCCUGAAAACGUGUGCUGUAGUAACUAAUACUAUCCGUUGGGCCAAAUGAUUUCCUUGACGCUUAAUUCUGAAGAAACGAAGCAAAUAAUAAAGCUGAGAUGACAACGAGGUAUGUGGUUUCGCUGGCCAAAUAAAUGUCGUUUACAACA